AGCAAACUUCUCUGACUAACAACCAUCAAAAUCUCUACAGUCGGAAGAUUCCUUCUAUCGCCCAUUAGACUCUCCGCAAUCUAAUCCUCGCCAUGGUGCUCAGUAAUCGCCAAACAGUAUAAAGCUGUCGAAACUGGUCAAUAUGUCGCUUCCCGCUCCAGGAAGCCCUGGCUUCAGCUCCCUCCUACUUCGCCACGUUCUCAAUCAUUCGGCCCUUAAGGGCUGGGCUGUCAACGCCUCACUUUUCUCCACAAUCCUUUUGAUCCUCAUAGUGAAGAAUGGGGGACUAAUAAUUGACAUCGAUAACAGUAAGAGUGAUAAGAUUGUGGAAGUGAUACGAGCAAUGAUGGAGUCUAUUUUCGGUUUGUCCGUUGGCCAUCUGUCUCUCAGCAGCUCUACGUACACCGAAGAGUUACCAUGGAAACUAUUUCGAUCGAGCCCCGCCUGCAUUUCUCAGUUUUCAGCCCAUGCUUCAGAGUCUAUCAAGAGCUUGAAGCAUGAUCUCGAUUCGAACACGCGAAACAAAAGGGAUAUUCACCAUCAUUUGGACAAGGGCCAUCUCAUAGUCCCGCAAGUCUUAGUGUUGACAGGUCUAGAAAGCGCUGCGAGCACAGUUCAGAUGAAGCUAUGCGAAUACUUUACUAAAAAAAGGAUAGAAGUUCGUGCCGGUCAGGUGAACGGUACACUUGGGGAUGAGAUGUUGAAGUUGUGUGAUUUCAAUCCCAUGGUAAUCUGGAUCAGACGGAAUGGUGCAGAUGUGCCAUGGUGGGUGAUUGAUCACUUUAUGUGCGCGACAAGCAUCCAAUCUUCAGAGAUAAGCUUGCCACCGAAUGAUAUUGAUCUGGGUGCUGUCAUACCUCAGUCUUAUCUGGCGACAUUAUCUCUACUCCUUCCGUACACCCAUAUACAUCCGCCUCUUGCAGUUCACAUAUCGAAUCUCUUUUCAGCCCUAACAUGUCACCCCAGCCUCCAUUCUGCCAUCACCCAACGAGCAGUCAGAGCUUUCCCAGAAUAUGUUAGAGCUCAUCGCCUCUUAGUUGGAGACUUUGCUCUUCCCAAUGGAUUCGAGAUACGGCUACAAGAAGAACAAGAUGGCCGAGCGCGGGCAGCCAAGGACCGACAGGGAACGGGAGGUGGUGUAGUUGGAGUACAUACAUGGAAUGUACUGGCGGGGGAGGAGCCUGAUAUAAAUGAUUUGCGCGGGGAUUGUGGUCGAGGAGAGGAAGAGCUGGAGGACUGGUACGCAACGCCAUUGAAUGUUCAGGGCGUGUGGAAAGUUUGCAUGAUCCACAGGAUCCGAAAGAGGCAGGUUCGGGAUGAAGUCAUGUGGUUGAUGAAAGGGUCAGCUUCUGGAGGUAUGAAAAAAGGCAUGGGUAGAGGGGUGGGCAAGAUUCUAGAUGAGAUACUGACGGCAGUCUAGAGUAAAGUAUAAUUGUUGUUGUAAAUCUCUUGUAGACGACCUGGAUAUUAUAGCGUAUAUGCAUUAUACUAAUCAC